AUGCGCAGCGUGACGCCAGCCGCGGCCCCGCCACACCAGCUGGGCCGCAGUGCUGCCGCCGGGCGGCGGUGGCGGCCCGGGGAACCAUCGCAGGCCGCCGGGUCCGGUCGGCCGCCCGAGCUGCACGCGUCGCGCGGCGAGACGGGGGCAUGGCCGAGCGCCGCCCCCAAUAGCGAGAGCCGAGCCGGCAUGGCGGCCGCGCUGCCGCCGCUGCUGCUGCUGCUGCUGCUGCUGCUGCACCCGGCCGCGGCCAACCCGGACGCCAAGCGGCUGUACGACGACCUGCUGUCCAACUACAACCGCCUCAUCCGGCCCGUCAGCAACAACACGGACACGGUGCUCGUCAAGCUGGGCCUGCGCCUGUCGCAGCUCAUCGACCUGAAUCUGAAGGAUCAGAUCCUUACCACCAACGUCUGGUUGGAGCACGAAUGGCAGGACCACAAGUUCCGGUGGGAUCCGGCGGAGUACGGUGGCGUGACGGAGCUGUACGUUCCAUCGGAGCACAUCUGGCUGCCCGACAUCGUCCUGUACAACAAUGCUGACGGCGAGUACGUGGUCACGACCAUGACGAAGGCGGUGCUGCACCACACGGGCAAGGUCGUCUGGACGCCGCCCGCCAUCUUCAAGUCGUCCUGCGAGAUCGACGUCCGCUACUUCCCGUUCGACCAGCAGACGUGCUUCAUGAAGUUCGGCUCCUGGACUUACGACGGAGACCAGAUCGACCUGAAGCACAUAAACCAGAAGUACGACGACAACAAGGUGAAGGUGGGCAUCGACCUGCGCGAGUACUACCCCAGCGUCGAAUGGGACAUCCUGGGCGUGCCCGCAGAACGCCACGAGAAGUACUACCCCUGCUGCGCCGAACCCUACCCAGACAUCUUCUUCAACAUCACGCUGCGGCGCAAGACGCUGUUCUACACGGUCAACCUGAUCGUGCCGUGCGUCGGCAUCUCGUACCUCUCGGUGCUCGUCUUCUACCUGCCGGCCGACUCGGGCGAGAAGAUCGCGCUCUGCAUCUCGAUCCUGCUGUCGCAGACCAUGUUCUUCCUGCUCAUCUCCGAGAUCAUCCCGUCCACGUCGCUGGCGCUGCCGCUGCUCGGCAAGUACCUGCUCUUCACCAUGGUGCUCGUCGGGCUGUCCGUCGUCAUCACCAUCAUGGUGCUCAACGUGCACUACCGCAAGCCCAGCACGCACAAGAUGGCGCCCUGGGUCAGAAAGGUGUUCAUCCGGCGGCUGCCGAAGCUGCUGCUGAUGCGCGUGCCCGAGCAGCUGCUGGCCGACCUGGCGAGCAAGCGGCUGCUGCGGCACGCGCACAACUCCAAGCUGAGCGCGGCGGCGGCGGCGGCGGUGGCGGCGGCGGCCGCCUCCUCCUCGGCCGCCUCGUCGCCCGACUCGCUGCGCCACCACCACCUGCACCAGCACCAGCACCACCUGCAGCUGCACCACCUGCAGCGGCCCGGCGGCUGCAACGGCCUGCACAGCGCCACCAACCGCUUCGGCGGCAGCGCCGGCGCCUUCGGCGGCCUGCCCUCCGUUGUCGGGCUCGACGGCUCGCUCAGCGACGUCGCCACGCGCAAGAAGUACCCCUUCGAGCUCGAGAAGGCCAUCCACAACGUCCUCUUCAUCCAGAACCACAUGCAGCGCCAGGACGAGUUCGACGCGGAGGACCAGGACUGGGGCUUCGUGGCGAUGGUGCUGGACCGGCUGUUCCUGUGGAUCUUCACCAUCGCCUCCAUCGUGGGCACCUUCGCCAUCCUGUGUGAGGCUCCAGCUCUCUACGACGACACGAAGCCCAUCGACAUGGAGCUCUCGUCGGUGGCCCAGCAGCAGUUCCUGCCGGACAUCGACUUCUAGUGGACGACCGGCGACCCCCGACCGUCUUAAGGUGCCGGCUCAAUGAGACGGGUGUCUGUGACGAGCUGAUACCGCCGAGAUUUGGGAACCUAGAUCGAAUAAUAAAAGCCGUCUGCUUUUGUGCUGAAUCUAUCUACAUCAGCGAAUCGUAGUAAUGUUAGUGGACUCCGCUGCCAAUUUACGCUGUCGUGUUUACCAGUAUUUCAGUGAGUGAAGCGUCGAGUUGACUGACAGUCUGGAGCUUAAUCCAGUUACCUCCAACGGAAACCAAAGAUAUUUCAUUAAUGCGAGAUGCUGUGUCCCAAACCAUUCCGUAAUUCACAAUAUACGGAGAAUCACACCACUGCUGUGUCGCAAGAUAGAACAGUAACUUCAAAAAUUGUUUACUGGUUGAAUAUGAAAACCAUGCGGGUAAAAGGUCCUUAGACUUUCGACAUCAGUGAAGUUUCCCUCCACUGGGAGUGUGUUAGAUCUCUUCUGUAUCUUAUAACAGCUCAAAAGAAUAUUUUACAAUAGCUACAGUUAUAGACGUCGUAAAUAGGUACCAGUUUUCAAACUGUAACCUCGCGCUAGACAUACCCCUAUUCAGAUCUUGCUACUGAAUUUUCAUAUCAGAAGUACAUUGAGACAUGCGUUUUUUAUUGCAAGUAUGGAGUGAAUGAGCUUUAUACCUGGGCUUCUGAAUUAAUGGACCCGUAUGUGACACAGGAUUGGUUAAAAGGUAUUCGAAUGGUACAUAAAUAAUUUAAUACUUUCGCAUACAUCAUCGUCAUCGCCCAUGAAACAGCUGUUUAUGGACUGAGACGGAUAAAAGGUGUUAUGCACAUUCAAAUCUUGCCUACCCGGAUAUCUACAUGAAAAUCCAGUGCGACCUUACGCACUGAUCAGGAGGAAAUAUUCUAAAAAAAACUGUAUUUUACAUUUAUGAACAACAAGUACUUCAAUUUUUUAAAAGUAGUUAGUAAUCUUGACGUUAAGAGUGUAUUCUUCAAAUAUUCGCAGAUAUGAAGUAUAAACGCACACACGAAUACGCCACAAAACAUCGAAAGAUCCGGAAGCAGAUGCAGGAGGGUAACUGUAACACAUUACGAUAAUGUUAGUGUUCGUUAAUGGAUCUACAUACACAGAGGCUGCGCUGUAACUAAUGCGCUUAAUGAUGGUAUUAAAAAGAGAUAUGUAUUGAGACUGAAGGCAUGUCGACUGCAGUAUUUAUCAUUCGUCCAAAUUACGCAAAGCUGAUGCCUUACUUGGCAAAUGUAAUGUGAGAUGAGCACGUAAGUUACUGAAUGAAUCUGAUCACAACAUUCCGCUAUAGAUCUACAUUUUUCCCUUGUAAGGGCAGCUCGUCGCACACUUCCUGCCAAAACCACCGCAAAAAUGCCUGAAAGCAGUGUAACAUAAAAUUUUAGUCAAGUAUAAAACGUAUAUCAUGCGGCUCUUUUGUUUUUCGAUUGAAACGGAUUUUCUUUUAUUUGCAUUUAACUUGCAACUGAGGAAAGCCUCAUUCUCUUUCUUCACACUUUUCCACGAAUAACAGAACUGAAACUUGUAGUAGAUACAAAGUUCGUCAUUGAAAUAUGGCGUAGUAGUACUACCGAACCGCACGUGUUGCAGGAUAUAACAUUAGGUUCGUAAAUGUGGCCCACGAAUCACGAGGUAUUGAAUCAUAAUUCCAAAGUAUUUAAUCAUGUUUAAUAUUUGUCAAAAAUUAUGGACAAUUCACGUGGUAGAAAAUAAAAUCAGGAGUGUUGAAGAUAAUAGCUCAGUUAAACAAUUUCACUAAACUAAGUAACUAAAGUUUGUAAAAAAAAUCAUUGUCCGGCGGAGUGAUUAGAUAAACUGACAUUUUAAAAUUCUUAUGCCGUUCUAUUGAUGGGGUGUCGAUUAUAUCAGCUUUUACAAUGUCUGUGGUUUUUUGUUUCUGUAGUGUGAUAAAAUGAAAGAAAACGGUUGUUUCUCCUCUCUUUACAUUUAUUCAUCACAGCUACAUUUCAUAUUUAGGCGUUAUCCAUUUCAGUUAGACAUAACAGUUAAUGAGCUUGAUGUCAAAUCGAUAUCCCAUCUCCCGAGGCGUAAUUUAACAAUAAACGCGUUACUAAAAGAAGAUCAAAUAAAUAGAUAUACUGUUCAUUAUAGCGCUAGCGAAACAAUUGGAGAUGGGUGUAUGCGUGUAGGGGAACGUAAUUACCAAGUUUAAGUAGUACAAUUCCUAGUCAUCUGGACAACAAUUAAUUCACUACUUAAUGAUUUUUUAUUGCUCUUUAUCUAACUAAAGGUGAGUUGUGAAUUAAAUUUCAGGUAUCUGAAUUUUUUAUUAUUGUCACACUUCACGAAAAUAGUAUGACUUAUAACUCAUCCUGUUUGCUCAGUGAGUACGCCUGAGUUCUACACACAUUCAUUUUUCAGGGAAAAAGAAAAAAAAAAGGUUUUUCGUAGCGCCACAGAUAUAAAAUGCUUUGGUGGUCCAAAUUAAACAAUUUCAUUUGAAAUACGAUUAUUUGUUGUUACAUGAAAGUCUCUUUACCACUGUGGAGCUGCCAUAUACAGUAGAGUUGAAAGAUGUAAAGUUUAUUACUCACGCUUUAUGGAAAGUUGUAUUUUCUACUUUAGUUCCUGUUUGGUCUUUCUUGCCAGUAAACAAUACUCCAUAUACGGUCUAAGUUGUACUCUUGUAUAAAAUAAGAGUUUUUUCAAGACUGAUACAGCUCUGGUUUCCUCUACGAAACGUUUGUAGCCGGGGCUAGAAUGUCUUACAUGUUCCAGUUCAUCAAUUAUUAACGAAAAAUAUAAUUUUAACAGUAUUUAUGUAUAAUUAUUCUGUUUGAUGUUCUCGGCAUUCUGAUUACUGUACAACUGGUUUCUUUAGUAGGUAUUCAUGAUUAACAAGCUAAAAUAUUGUCAACAUGUUAGUAAAUUUUUGCAUUUUCCCAUGGUGUCGUGCCAAAGAGACCGGUAUGGAAUGUCGAUUUUUUCGACGUCAUUUACAUAUAGGUGUGUGUGUGCACUAUACUACAUAUUUUUGUAAUGUACUGUGUAAUAUUCUUGGUGGAUAAACUAUUACAUAUGAGGAAACUUUCAGUGUUGUUCUCUGCUUUCU